AGUCACUGAGUUCUCUAUAUACCGUGAGUCACUGGAUGUAUACGGCCUUGAGUGGAUUGUAUAUUUGCAGGGGUGCUGGCCAGUUGCCUAACUAUUUGUCAAUAUCAAUGCAAGCUAGGUACCUGCAUAUGCAUCACUGUCUGAUAUUGAUAAUUAAUUCAAGUUCAAGCUGAAACCGUGAUGGAACUGACAGAGGGUGCUAUCAGGCUCCUUGACAGCCAGGACUGGUUUGACCAGCUGCGAGACACAGUCUCCGAACUAGCCUGGGAGGGUGCUGAUCUGCCACAAAGUGGACUCAUUCUUCCUGUCACAGUUUGUGCAGACAUCACGCACAUCCUCGACUACUGCUAUGAUCUGGCUGAACUGAUUGUGAGGCAGCCUCGCCAGGCAGUGAGCAUUUUCCAGCGGCUGACCUGUCAGUCAGUGGCUGCUCUGGAGCUCCUGCCCGGGGUCACGCUGAAACCAGAACAGGUGCUGGUGACCCUUCGUCCAUAUAAUCUGGUCUGCUCCGCCACCUCAGUGACAGAGGUCACUGGUCACAUGAUCGCCGUCAGCGGCAUCCUUCUAUCACGCACCCUGCCAGAGAAGUUUGUGGAAUGUAUGCGGCACGUGUGUGAGAACUCGUACUGCGCGGAGGAGCUCAUCAGCGUGUUCGUGCCGGGCCGACCCCCGCCGGGCACCUUCACUGACUGCACCAACUGUGGCGCUAAUCUGAGAGAGGACGUGGGCUGCCGUCGGCUCUCGGAGGCGACUGAGGGAUUUCUGGUGCCGCUGGAGGCGCUGGAGGCCCCCCUGAAGCCGUGCAAAGGGCGCUUUCAGUCGGUCCGCGUCGUCUUCCGAGGUGAGCUGUGCCGUGACCUGCACCUGGGCGGCCGGUACCGUGUCGUCGGUCAGCUGGUGAAGGUCUCGGAGGGCUCCAGCUGCCGCCUCACCCUGGAAGCUGCCAGCGUGCGGCCCAUCCCGCUCUCCAUCUACGCGCAGCCGCUGGUCUGCGCCAUAUCGCCCGUGAUCGAGACGCUGUACCACGACCGUCGCUUCUCGCCGUGGAGUUUUGCGCUGAGCCUCGCGUACGUGUUCGCGAGCGGUCUGUCGCCGGCCGGCACCUACUUCCGACUCAAACUGGGCAUGCUGCUGAGUCUGGUGGCCUGUGGCGCCAUACGGCACAGUCGCCUGCAGCCGCUGCUGGCGGUCGGGCCGGACGUGGGCUCCCUGGUGCGACUCCUGAGCCACGGCGCCGGUCUGGCUCGCCGCUGCGUUCGACACACCUGCCCCGGACCGCUGGCGGGCCGGGCCGCGCGGCCGGCAGUCGGCGGGGCGGCCCGAGCUGAACUGGAGGCUGGCUCACUGCUGCUGGCGAGGGGAGGAGUCUGCCUGCUGGGGGAUCUGAGCAAGUACCGCAGGGAGGCGCUGCACACACUCCAGAAAGGUCUGGAGGUGGGUUCGGUCAGCGUGGUCUGCCCGGCCUCCCUGUCGGGUACCGGGCGGCCCGAGUCUGUGUCGAUGCCGCUGCUCUGCCAGCCCUGGGCCGUGUACGACUGUAAGCCGACCGGCGGCACGGACCUGAACUCCAGCCUGGUUAGCGACUCGGCCAGUCUGGUGGGCACGCAGACCAACGCCCUGCCGCGCACACUCACAGAGGCGUUCGGCGUGGUCUACUACACCGAGUCAGCCGACGACUGUGAUGACCUGGCCUGUGACCUGGCCACCUGCCAGCUGCUGAUGGCGGCCGGCGGCGGGCGGGUCGACCAGCAGCUGGUGCCGGACAAAGACCUGACGGCGUUUCUGGCGGCGGCGUGCGAGCUCUCUCUGGACCUGGAGCCGGACGCCGAGCGGUUAGUGCGCCGCUACUUCGUGGCCAGUCGGCGGGUGCGCACCUCCAACGUGCCAGACGUGCCCGUGGCCGCCGUCAGCACCAUCUCCGGGCUGGCCCACGCGUUCGCCCAGCUGUCUCUGCGCGACUGUGUCACCGUGGAUGACGUCACCAUGGCCAUUCUGCUGUAUGAGGAGUCGCUGGCGGCGUGUUUCGGCUACUCGCCGCUAGAUGUCUCUCAUACGCCGCACAUCAGGGAGGCCGACCUGGACGCCAACCUGGGCAGACAGAAUGACGAGAGGAUGCGCGACUUCCAGCGUCGACUGGAAGAGUUUAUCAGCGAGUGGGCGCUGCUCUGAGGGACGCACGGUGAGAGGUGAGCGGCCGGGCGACCCGGGCGAGAGCUGGGGGCGGCCAUGAUCUGAGGGGCGCCUGGUGAGGCGAGCGGCCUGGGUGAGAGGCGAGGGGUCGUGCAGAGGGGUGAGCCUCGGCCCUGCUCUGGAUGUUACCGGCUCAGGGUCCUGGCUGAGACAGGCUAGCUGCCGGACCGACUGUGUACGGCAUCUCAAUUAUGGCAGGGCCCUGUACGAGAAGCGGCGAUUGAUAAGUAUAGUGUAUCACUUGUGACUUGAUUAUGUCGGUCUGUGUUCCAUGUGGUCUGGACGUCGAUUUCGCUGUUACGUUUGAAGAUAUUUAUUAUGGCGUGUUAGUCUGUUCCUCGCUGUUAUGUGGAAGAGUUAUGUUAGCACUCAGUCAUUAAUCAUGUUAUGUACAAUUUCUGCUCUAGUCUGUUAAACAUUUUACCAGUGAAUUGUUGUUGAAUCAUGAUAUGACGCUACAAAUGCGAACAAGUUCCCAAUUAUCAUCUUGCUUGAAUUUUUACGACUUUGUCGGCUGUGCUGACAAACGAUAUCGUUGUCUGUUGUCUCCAAUUGUUUGUUGAAUCAUUUCCAGUUGUCUUAUUUACUGUGGUAUUGUCUCUUGGUUUGAAUUUGACCUACUCAUGUGAGAUAAUUACUUUUUUACACAUCCUGAAUCUGAGACAAGUGUUCGUCGGUGAAUGUUUGAAGUUUAAAUAGCUUCUUCGUUUUUAAGAG